AUGGGCCCCCGGCGGAGGAGCUCCAGACGCACCCUGGGCGUGAUCCUGCACCUGGUGUGCUCCUGUUUCGGAAUCAGCUCCAUCGACCUGGACCGGCCCGGGGACGGCCGGUGCCAGCCCAUCGAGAUCCCCAUGUGCAAAGACAUUGGCUAUAACACCACCCGGAUGCCCAACCUGAUGGGCCACGAGGACCAGCAGGACGCGGCCAUCCAGCUGCACGAGUUUGCCCCCCUGGUGGAGUACGGCUGCCACGGCCACCUGAAAUUCUUCCUCUGCUCCCUCUACGCCCCCAUGUGCACCGAACAGGUGUCUACCCCCAUCCCGGCCUGCCGGGUGAUGUGUGAGCAGGCUCGGCUGAAGUGCUCCCCCAUCAUGGAGCAGUUUAAUUUCAGAUGGCCCGACUCCCUGGACUGCAGCAAGCUCCCUAAGAAGAACGACCCCAAUUAUCUGUGCAUGGAAGCCCCCAACAAUGGCUCCGAGGAGCCGCCACGGGGCUCCAGCAUGCUACCUCCCAUGUUCCGGCCCCAGAGACCCCACAGCUCAGGUCACGACCUGACCCAGCAGAAGGAUGGGGCUAGCCGGCUGUCCUGCGAGAACCCGGGGAAGUUCCACCAUGUAGAGAAGAGCAGUUCCUGUGCUCCCCUCUGCACCCCUGGGGUCGACGUCUACUGGAGCCACCAGGACAAGCAGUUCGCUCUCAUCUGGACGGCUGUCUGGUCCAUCCUCUGCUUCUUCUCCAGUGCCUUCACCGUCCUCACCUUCCUGAUUGACCCCCAACGCUUCAAAUACCCCGAGAGGCCCAUCAUCUUCUUGUCCAUGUGCUACUGUGUCUACUCGCUGGGGUACAUCAUCCGGCUCUUCUCCGGGGCAGAGAACAUCGCCUGCAAUCGGGACGGUGGCCAACUCUACGUCAUCCAAGAAGGCUUAGAGAGCACCGGAUGUACCUUGGUUUUCCUUAUCCUCUAUUAUUUUGGCAUGGCCAGCUCCUUGUGGUGGGUGAUCCUGACCCUGACGUGGUUCCUGGCCGCAGGGAAGAAAUGGGGCCACGAGGCCAUCGAAGCCAACAGCAGCUACUUCCACAUGGCUGCCUGGGCUAUCCCGGCCAUCAAGACUAUCAUGAUCCUGGUGAUGCGCCGGGUGGCAGGGGACGAGCUGACAGGCUUAUGCUAUGUGGGCAGCAUGGACGUCAAUGCGCUGACCGGCUUCGUGCUGAUCCCCUUGGCUUGCUAUCUCAUUAUCGGGACCUCGUUCAUCCUUUCGGGUUUCGUAGCCCUCUUCCACAUCAGGAGGGUCAUGAAAACCGGGGGGGAGAACACGGACAAGCUGGAGAAGCUCAUGGUGAGGAUCGGCGUGUUCUCCGUCUUGUAUACUGUGCCCGCUACGUGCGUCAUCGCUUGCUACUUUUACGAAAGGUUGAACAUGGGCUACUGGAAGGUUUUGGCCACGCAGCAGAAGUGCAAGGUGAACAAUCACACUAAGGUUCUGGACUGCGCCAUGAGCGACUCUGUUCCGGCCGUGGAGAUUUUUAUGGUCAAAGUCUUUAUGUUGCUGGUGGUGGGGAUCACCAGUGGCGUCUGGAUUUGGACCUCGAAGACUCUGCAGUCGUGGCAAAGUGUUUGUAGCCGGAGGAUCAAGAACAGGACUCGGAGGAAACCAGCCAGCAUGGUGGCAAGUGGGGGGCUUUAUAAAAAACCCCAGCCUUUGCCCAAAGUUCACCAUGCAAAGUACGAGUCGGCUUUACAACCCCCAACGGUGUGUGACCACAAUGGUUCAUGAGGAUCAUAAUAAUACUAAUUACAAUACUUGGAAAGAAACUGAAGGGGAUUCCCAAGCACUCACCACAGCAUUCAGAACUGAAGAAUGAUUUUUUUUUAAUGCUUUUAAAACUUCUUUUGUCAUACAAAACCACAAAUUGAGAAGGGAGAGUUGAAAUCUUAGAAUUCAAGGUCAGGAGAUGGAGAAAAAACAUAGUGCCUCAAAUGUUAACAAACAUAAGUGUGUGUGCUUAUACACACACACACACACCUUUCUUUCUUUGGCUACUAAGUCGCUGGGUGUUAUGACUUGUAAAUAUUGAAAUGGGGAUUGCUUUAGGUUUCUAACCAGUUAGACAUAAGUAUUUGUAGAGCUUUUUUUUUUUUUCAAGAAAAGAGAAAACUUGAAAGAGAAUGUUAGGGAAGCAGCCAGAUCACAGAGAAACAGAAGUUUCAAUUCACCCUGAACAUCUCUUUUUCAAAAGAGAUCCAGUUCUAAACUUUAAACGAGCAAUACCGUCUCUUAAAAUGGUCUCCUCUGCUAAAAAUAAUGUGCAAUACAGUUUUUCUUCCCUUUUUCCCCCUACUCCCUCCCCCACAGCCCCAGACCUACGCUCUUUGCCUCUCUUUGCCUUGAAACACGAAACAAGUAUUUUGCCAGACAUAAAAGCAACAGAAGGGAAUCUUUAACAAAAGAACAGAGGGGUUCUAGUCCCUAGGAACCGUUCAGAGUUACACUUUGUGGCUUUUUAAUGGA